AUGCUGAACGACAACGCGUGGAAGCACAGGCGGGUGCCUGUACCGAAGAGGACUAUCGAGCUGAUCGCUCUGAUAGCGAUUUCCAGCACCCUCUUCCUUUUCCUGCACACCAGAGAGCUGCACUCGCGUCUGCGAAAAAUGGAAGUUCGCCUUCAACCUGGCGAAGACGAGAUGCUGUCGGCGAAUCAACUCUCAUCCGAAGGAGUGCAAUCUGAUUCUAGUCCAAGUGGAAUCGUCCAUUAUCCAAACAAACAUCGUAUCUUCGCUAUAAAGUACAAAGACGCUGAAGUGUUGGACAUCGACGCGCUUAACAACACGAAAAGAGCGGAGAAGAAAGUCUUGUUCUUCAAUCGCGUACCGAAAGUGGGCUCUCAAACCUUCAUGGAACUGUUAAGGAGGUUGUCGAUGAAAAAUGGCUUUUCAUUCAACAGAGAUCGCGUACAAAGAGUUGAAACUAUACGUCUAGCGCCCAUUGAGCAGCUUCAACUUGCCAGGAUGGUCAGUAGCUACGCAGAACCGUCUGUAUAUAUAAAACACGUGUGCUUCACAAACUUCACAGAGUUCAACCUGCCGCAGCCAAUCUAUAUCAACAUAGUCCGAGAUCCUGUCGAGAGAGUGAUAUCCUGGUACUAUUACGUGCGAGCACCUUGGUAUUACGUCGAGAGAAAGCAAAUAUUUCCAGAUCUUCCACUGCCGGAUCCUAACUGGUUGAAGAAGGACUUCGAGUCCUGUGUACUUAAGGCGGACCGUGAAUGCAGAUACCUCGAGGGUGAAAUUCACGAGGGGAUCGGUGACCAUCGCAGGCAAACGCUCUUCUUCUGCGGCCACAGCGAAAAGUGCACCCCGUUCAACACGGUGGGUGCUCUGGAACGAGCGAAAAUGGCUGUGGAGAAACACUACGCGGUGGUCGGCGUGCUGGAGGACGUGAAUACCACUCUCACGGUAUUGGAAAAUUACAUACCCCGAUUUUUCCGAGGCGCCACAGACGUCUACUAUGACGAGGUGAACGCGUUCACAAAGAUCAACCGAAACUUCUUCAAGCCGCCUGUGAGCGAAGAGGUGAAAGAUAUGGUGAGAAGCAACUUCACGAGAGAAAUUGAAUUCUACCAAUUCUGCAAGCAACGACUGUACAAACAGCUGAGGGCGUUGAAAUUGACCAAGAACAUGCCUUCGUUGGGGAGCAAUAGUUUGUAA